CAUUCGGGGCCGGGUGUUCUGGCUCGGUGACACCGCUGGCCUGCUGCCUUACAUGGGCAAACCUCUGAACUUACUCAGACGGCUGGAAUUUCACAGUGUGACGUCACUGCCUACUACUCUCCCAGAAUUUGGAUCUAGAAGUUUCACUUUUUUUGGUGGGAUUUGCACCUCUGUUUUAUUCCUAGAAAGCGAGAUUUCAGUGCAUUGUUUCAACAUUCAUCGAGGAGUGCUAUACACCCAGAGAAGAAAAGGUGUCUGAUCCUGUAUUUCUAACCUCUGCCUUGUGUUAAAGUUUAGAACCAUGUGGAACCCAGGGAAUGGUACCGACCAGACAGGACAGGUGUCUGCUCGAGUGGAGACGAUGCCAUCUUUGGGAAGUGCCAGCAUCUCCAUCUCCCAGCAGCAGGCACCCAAGAAGUUUGCCCCCGUGGUUGCACCCAAACCCAAGUUCAACCCAUACAAACAAAUGUCUGAAACCGCCCACUCUGAAGCUGCAGCAGACUAUCCUCCCCCUCCACCACCUGCUGAAGACUCCGCCGGUCUCCCAUCAUCCCCCGGUUCCUUCCCUCCUCCACCAGUGAACUCAUACGAUUAUCAGAUGAAAGGACCAGAGAAGACUCUGGAAGAGAGGCGCUCCAGUCUGGAUGCUGAGAUUGACUCACUUACCAGCAUCCUGGCAGAUCUGGAGAGCAGCUCACCAUACAAGCCACGGAACACACAAAACUCUGGAUCCUCUGCAGCCUCCACUCCUAAUGCUCCAGUGACUGGAUACAAGCGAAUGGUCAUCCCAACCCAACCACCUCUGACUGCCACCAAGAAGUCUACACCCAAACCCCAGGCUCCUGGGGGAAUGUCAUCCAUGACCCCUUCUUCUAGCCCUGCCAAGCCUCAAAGCCACAUGGCGCCUCAGCCUGUCCCUGCCUCCUAUGCCACUGCCUCCACCCCGAGCCAACCCACCUUCAAUGUCCAGGUGAGGUCAGCCCAGCCUGGUCCCCAGCAUCCAGCUCCAGGUGGGCAACAUUUUGGCCAGCAUCCAAUCCGCAGCCCUGCACAGGUGCAGUACAUGCAUGCACAGCCUAAAGGUCCUGACUUUGCCUACGGACCACCACAGCCUGGCUUCUCUCCCAUGGGUCAGAGUGCAUAUCAUGACCAGCAGCAUCCAGGAGUGCCCCAUGUAGGUGGGCCAAGCUCCCGGAGACCAGACCCCGUCCCCAUUCAAGCGUACCAGCCUGCUGGCCCCAAGAAGACCUAUAUCACAGAUGUGCCACCGAGCUUGGCCCCCUACACAUCUGGACCAGCUGUUCCGCCAAAGGGCAGUGCUUCGAUGGCCCACCCUGAAGACGAGCUGGAGCGCCUGACCAAGAAGAUGCUGUUUGAUAUGGACAACCCUCCUUCUGAAGAAUACUUUGGGCGCUGUGCCAGCUGUGGAGAGAACGUAGUGGGUGAAGGCACCGGCUGCACCGCCAUGGACCAGGUCUUCCAUGUUGACUGCUUCGUCUGCAUGACCUGCAGCACCAAGCUGCGUGGAAAGCCUUUCUACGCUGUGGAGAAGAAGGCCUACUGCGAGCCCUGCUAUAUUAAUACCCUUGAGACCUGCACCAUCUGCAGUAAGCCCAUCAUGGAGCGCAUCCUGCGGGCCACAGGUAAAGCCUAUCACCCCCACUGCUUCACCUGUGUGGUGUGCCACCGUAGCCUGGACGGCAUCCCAUUCACCGUGGACGCCUCCAACCACAUCCACUGCAUCGAGGACUUUCACAAGAAGUUCGCUCCACGCUGCUGUGUGUGCCACGAGCCUAUAAUGCCUGCACCAGGUCAGGAGGAGACCGUUCGCAUCGUGGCCUUGGACCGCGACUUCCACGUGCAGUGUUACCGCUGUGAGGACUGUGGCACUCUGCUCUCAGAGGGGGAUAACCAGGGCUGCUACCCUCUGGACGGACACGUCCUCUGCAAAAACUGUAACACCAGCCGCAUCCAGGCCCUCACCGCCAAGGCCACCACUGACCUCUGAACUGCCACCGCCUGGUCACCUCCACUGUGAUAACCACCGCUCGCUCGCCCUCUCUCGCUCUCUCUUUCUCUCGCAAACAUACCAAACCAUGCAAGUGCUUACAUUCCUCAGCAUAUACAUAUAUAUCCUUCUAUAUAUAUUCAUUCUCAGUUACACAAAUAGCAUCACAUGUUCACCUGUACACAUGUAUCUAACAGCUGAUUGGGUUUAACCAACCUCUGUGAGUCUGUGAGUCUAUGGCUGAGUCACACCAACAAGGAUUAGCUGAGUCAGAGUUUAGCAAACCUGGGUUUAGAAUGAAUAAAUCCACAUCUAUAGUUCACAGUUCUCGUGCCAUCUCAAAUAAAAGAUUCAGUACAUUAGAUCGGGCUAAUGUGAAGUUAGUGUUUGGAGUCUGGGUCACCUGUUGGAAUGAGCCAACUCCAUUUCCUGUAUCUAUGAUAAUAGGCUGUACACUGAUUUUUAUGCAGAGGAAUCAAAUCCAUUUUUCCCCAGAAAUCCCUUGGACCGCUCCCAAGUUUUUGAAUGCCCUAGUAGCAACACUAUUUACUGUUAUCUUAGAGUGCAGCUAACAUCAACAAACACCUCCAACACAAAUGUUUUAGAAACACAAGUGAAUCUUAUAUAUUAAACCUAGAAAAAUAAAAGUAACUUGUGAGCUGUUGAGACCUACUAGGCAAGGCAAGGCAAGUUUAUUUGUAUAGCACAUUUCAGCAACAAGGCAAUUCAAGGUGCUUCAAGGUACUAGUAUAAAAAACAGGACAAACUGUUAAACGUUGCUGCUCUGUAGUCCUUAACAAACUGUUAGCUUACUAGCUAGCUAAGAAGUUAGCUAGUUAGCAGGUAAGCUCUAAUUUGUUCCUCCUUUGAGAACAACUUAUUGCUGAACUAACAGUGUAAUAUGACCAAAAAUCAGCUGUGGUGGACAAAAACACAGUAAAUACAGAGUGACUUCCUUGCGUUAAUGAUUGGAACCAGUUUAGACAGUUGGUCCAAAUGGUUUCCUUGCUGAGGGAAAUUCAGCAGCACUAUGAAACUAAAAAGAGUUGAGUCCCUUAAUGUUCUUUGAAGAACUUGAUUAUUUAACUCAAUUCAUCCGAAAAAUGCAGUCAUUUUUAAAGUUUAAGUUGCUAAAGGUUUAAAGUUUACACCGGACCACAUUUUAGACUGUGUGAAGUUGCAAAUAAUUCCACUAAGUCUUUAGAGUGAAAGCUGAAUAAAUUGAUCAUUUUAAACUAAUAUUACAUUUUGUUACAACACAAUGUAAAUGUAAACCAUGAUUUAAAUAGGUUUCAUAAUGACUCCUUGUUGGUGUAACCCAUCCUUUAAACUACGCUAUUGUUAAAUCACUCUUGAUCCAUCAGUUAAAAUGACUAAGUACAUCCUCACUCAGUGUUAUUAUUCUAUAUCAUAAACAUCCCCACCCUGCUUCAUCCCACCAGGGUUCAAUGCACAUUUUCAUGCACAAGCCCCAGUGUUUCAGGCUGUGAUCUAAAACGGAGUCUGUCUGACUCCACUAAAUCAUGCAAAAUGUUUGACAUAUCUGCCCUGCAGGUGAAGUCAUGGAUAGAAGUGUGUGUGACUGUUGUUUAAGCAAUAUUUAGAGAGAAAAAAAAAAACAUGAGCAUUUUUUUUCCAUUUUUUAUUCUUGUUAUUAUUAUUAUUUUCAAGUGUUUUUACAGUGUAAAUCCAGACAGAACAUAAAUAGGGAUCAUUUUGCACACUGAAGCGCAUUAUUGCAAAACGGUUAACUAAACACCAAAGAUCUGAACAAAAACUCUCACAUUAUAAUUUGUAUUUGACUGUAAUAAACACUGUUUACAAUAAAUAGGACCAUGGGAAAUAGGCUAACAUCAAAUGUCGGUGUCUAAAUCAUGAAGCAGUGUGCAGCUGGUGAAGGCAGUUUCUUUUAAUAGACAUUUUCUUUCUUCUUUCCUGUACAAUUUUCUUUGAUAGAUAAUCUAGAUAUUUUCCUGUUGGCUUGAACAGUACAAUCAUUUCCUAUUUAAGUGUAUAAGCACUUUUUUAUCAUAAAAGAACAGUAUGACUAUGUAAACCUUGGCUCUUUUUCCAUGACGUUGAUUAAAUCACUGAUUGUACUGUAAGCAGUCUAACAGAAAUGACACAUUUAUGGAGGCUAUGCAAUUUUAAAGCUAACUGCUUUGACACUUUAUAAUGAAUUGUAUGAAUAAGGAAAUAUUUUACAGAUUACUGUACAGAUUCAAGCAUAAGUGUCCUUACUUCGAUCCGUUAAUCCAAACUAUACUGUCGGUACUGGGUGACUUUAUGUCAGUAUUGAUUGUGUAUUGUGACACUCGUUUGCUGUAUGUUAGUGUUUGUUUUAAGUGAAAAGGUGAAGAAGGGACCAUAAGGGCUUUCCAAAUUAAAAAAAAAUAAAAAUAAAAAAUAAAAAGUUCCAUCCAAGAUUUGCCGACCAAUAGGUUGACUGGAUUAGUCAUAAUAUUUGUAAUUUAGUUUUAGUAAAAAACGUUUUAACAAUCAAAUGAAACAACAGUAAAAAUGUAGUUUUCCUUAGGUAGCUCUGGUGAACAGUGAACCACCUAUUCUAAAUAGGAGUAAUUCCCUGAUUUAGGCUUCAUUGUCCUCAUGAGUGGAUUUAAUAUGAACAAAGAGGGUGAUAACUAUGAAUCUAACUUCACCUAAUUGUGGAAAAUUGAUCCAUCAUGCUGUUUUUUAAAGGUUGUGUUAGUGUUUAGGUCUGAUUGAAUAUAAAGUGACUUUUAUUUUAUUUCAUCUACUGUACUUUACAGUACAGCGUUUAUGGGAUCAGGUUAACUCUGGCAAUAUUUAAAACCAGGAAAUACUUUGUAAUAAACUGUACUAAGCCACCAUUAAAGUAUACUUACAUUGGAUUAAGCUACUUACCUUAACCUGCAUUAUUCAGAAUCCAAUAAAACUCGUAAUCAUCUAAAUGUAAAGAAGUGUUUCAUGUUUCCUGAAAAAGACAAUCAUCAACUGUUGAAAUCACAGUGAAAACUUGUUCUGUGUUUGAGCUAAAGGUGAGAAGGUGGUGCACAGGUUAUUUGGUUUGCAGACAUACAUGCACAGACAAAACCGCUCCUAAAAACCUUCCAUGCCUCGAGCAGCAAGCGAAGGCAGCUUCUCCAGAAGGUUUGACAGCCUAAACUUGACAUCGUCGGUCAUGAACAAAAUAUCAAAAGAAAACUAACAACAGAGUUUAAGAAUAAGAUAAAAAAAAAUAUGUCAGAAUUAGAAACUGCAUAGAUGCAUUCAGAAGCUAUUCAUAGAGAAGCUCCUCGUAUCCAUAUUCAUUACACUCUGAUUUGGCAAACUGCAUAGACCUGUGCCUUUAGGUCCAUACCUAGAUUUUAUGUGUUAGCGAUCUGAGGCUUGACACAGUCAGUUACUUCAUUACCAUCGGUUGUCAGGCAACAGAGGAAAAAAUAGCACUUCCAUAUAUCAUUAUUUUGUAUGCGUUGCUAAGUUUCGUCUUACAGAGAUGUUGCCAGGGGUCUGUUAGAAUUGGCAUUAGGGGCUGCCAGCUUUGAAAGACCCCAUGACCUGCUCAGAUAAUUACACAGAAGCAUUAAAGGUGCAAUUUCACUCCUGAUGAUGAAAAACACAAAUGAACACUGAAGUGACCACAGACCGGCAAAACAAUUUCCUCAUCUCUGAAUUAAAAACAUAGUACAUUGCACACUAAUUAAAAAUGUUAAUUCAGGUACAAAGUCAUUUGUCAAAAGAAAAUACUAGCCUGCUAAUUGUGUUGCUAGUGCCUAUAUGCUUUGUUUUUCUUCAAUAACCUCUCAUAGUUAGUUGCUGUUAUCACAUUUACACACAUAAGAUCCCUGUUGUUGAAAACAUCAUAGUAUUAACAACAUUUCAUGUGUUGUCAGGUUGAAAACACAUUGUACCAUCGACCCCACAUGCUGCAGUGAUCCAUUCAGUCUAAUAAUUAUGUGAGGAAAUCUAACUUUUAUUUGUAGCACAGCACAUUACAUUCACAUAUAUAGGAUGUGUGAAUGUACAUGACACUGCGGACCUUUGUGCUCUGUGAUAAUGCUGUCAUUUUAUCAGUGUACAGGAGGUGACGUCAUUUAGCACUGCACUAAAAAGUAAAAAAACAUGUUGAAGUGAAAACCCACCCACAGGAUCAAACCUUUAGUGUCUUUGCUUUAGCUCCACAGAGAAUAUUAGCAUCAUUUCACUUGGUUGUCCAACUUUCAGCUUUAAUGUCAUGGUUUACCGUUACAGCUACAAGCUAUCAGUUUGUAGUAUGUUAGCAAUAAGGAGCAUUUUGAAGGAAAGGUACUGAGAGAUCCAGUAUAUUCAGUUGUAGACAUUCAACAGUAGACUGUAAGCAUCAAUGGAAAACAAUUAAACACCAUUUUAUAGGAUAAAAAAUGUAAUAGUUGAAUCAUAAAAAAAAUGUACAUGCAUUUCUACAUCCUUUCAAAACAUCUUAAAUAAGCCAACUCCCUAUUAAACAACACACAGCGAGGUUAGAAACUAGUUUUUGAACAUUGAAGUAAAAUCUUUAGCAUCAAAGGUUCAGAAUAUAGUGAAGUGAAAUCCUACCUCUUCCAGUGUUCACCAUGGGAUCAUACUUAAAAAUGCGAAUAGCUCAGUAACCUGCAUCUCUUGUCUCAACGUAUUUCAUGAAGUUCUUUGAGAACAAGUGAAAAAGUAUUAAAAGAGCAAAAACCACUGCAUGGUUCUGUUCAAAUCUGCAGAGACAUCUUCAUCAGCAGCUAAUGGAGAUAAUGAGGUUUACAUCAUUUGCGCAACCUAUGGGUGUGUGUUUUUUAUAAUUAUAGAUUUUUACAGUUUGUGAAAUUGUGUUUUAGAUUGACAAACAGAUGUGUAAUCAAUGAUAUCAUUCAAAUAGAAUGAAUAAUGUAUCUCUCAGCUGGAAGGGGCUGGUCUUCACCUCUCUAUUUCCCUCAUUACCAUGUACAUCUUAAACACAGUUCAAGUCAGAAACACUCCCACCAUCUGCCUCUCCUACACAAACUGUUUUUUAACACAUUAGCCAUACAGACGCUAAGGUGGUUUUAUGUUAAAAACACUACCCACAAGUGGCCAAAGUGGCCCAUUUACAACUACAAACAGCUAAAACAUUCUUUCAAAACUGUGUUAUAAUAUCUUACAUCAGCUUAGUAGUUCAUUGUUUUUUACAAAGCGUACCCUGGUCUGGUCCAGAGUUGAACCUGCGCUGCCUUAAUAUCUGCUCUAAACCCCCCUGUUUAUGGUAUUUGUAUAGACAGUCUGUGGACACAUCAAAUACCUUUGAGCGAGCAUAUCUAACAUGAAUCUCGUCAAAAAGUCUUGAUAUAAAAGUAUAAAGAAAAGACUGUUUAAUGAUUUUUUUUAUUUGUUCAGUGCAUUUGUGUUGUCUACUGUCUUUGUUCUACCGACGUUUGUAAAAGUGCCUUUGGCAAAGCAGUAUUGAAUCACUACGCUGUUGCUGUUUAUUUCGGUGUUCCUCACUCAAAGAUUUUGCCUCAUUUACUUGUCUUUGCCAAAGUAAAUAAAGAUGAUGCUUUUGUUUGCUGCUGAUGGAUCAUCUCUGAGUCCGAACAGUAGAUGUCUCCAUCAGGGGUGAGGUUUCUGACUGCAGCGGCGGGUACGUAAAGACCUGGACCCACUGAAGUCAUAUCAUCUGCUCUGUAUCUUUGGAAAGGACCUGUAGUCAAUUUAUGUUUUUGCCUUCAAUAAAAGCUUUGCAACAUCA